GCAAAGCGUGGGGCAGCCUUCGCAAGCACUACGGCGGCUCGUUUGAGACUGCGCGCGCAGCAACGCAAGAGGACCAGGUCCUUAAGGACAGCAACGCCAAAGCGUUCUGCGUCAGCCGCAACCGCUACAGCUUCGACUACAUCGCGUUUGAGCAGCUUGCACAGCCACCCUCCACUGCCCGGUGCAACAUGGCUUCGCAAUGGAAUGAGACGUGGGCGCCGAGCUCAUGGGCGACAAAUCAGUGGUGGCACAGCCGGCAGACUCCACACACGACCUCGACAUGGACUUUGCCACCUCCUCCGCCGGCAUCGUCAGAACCAUCCUCGAGCCUUCCACCAGCUCCAUGGCCGCCAACGCCACCCUCGCGCAACAAUCCGGCAGAUCAACAGACGGAUCCUCGCCCAGCUCGCGUGCCCAUUCCUUCAUCCUUCAAGGAGGAUGACGAGCACUACGACUCGAACUUGGUCUUCAAGUCCAUGCUCAGGAAAACCGUUGAGCCCUCAGCGUGGAGCCGAGCCAAAGGACUCGCAGGCAUGGAUAUUCGCGACGUUGCAGUUGCCCAUCUCAGCAGACGAGGCAUGGAGGAGUAUGGACUUCGUCCUCUUUCUCAUGGGCGAUUUACAGGUGUCAUCCUCACACGCAACGUGGCCGAGACGGUCCUGCUUUCACAAAUACAAAAGAGGCUCCGUGAAGACAAUGUUGACGUCGAGGCCACCAUCGAGGCCAUCUACAAGUCCAAGAACCUCAAGCCGCCAGACAAAGUCAAGGAAGCCACCAACUUCGUCACACCCUUGGUGGAAGAGAUAUUUUUGGCCAUGAAGCCCUGGACACAGGUCAAGAACUAUGGAAAGAACUCCGAGCAGGACAACCAGGUCGCGCAGCGCAUGCAAGAGCUGGAGGAAGAGGCGGCCAAGUACGAGCAGCGGCUGAAGUCGGCAGGAAUGGAAGUCACACCAACCAAAGUGCUACCCUUGCAGCCCCCACCUCCGGCACCACCAAGAGGAGUUCUCCCUGACAGCGUCCACGAGGAUCCGCCACCCAAGCGACGUCGUACUCAGCGCGGAGAUCGAAAGAAGCAGUACGAAACGUUGCUCGAGGAGCCCUUCAACGUCAUCAAGCAGAGUGGGCAGCCACCCCCGACCAGCAUGACCUCAAUCAAAACAUGGGUCAUCAAUCUCACGAAAACCAUGCCUGCCGACAAGCACAAAGAUUUGGACCAACACAUCCAGCAAGUCCAAGCCCUACUCGACGAGGGCAAGCACACCAAGGUGCAACUGCAGGAGAUGGCCACACGUUGGGGACUACCAAUCUCGCUCAUUACAGCAGCGGCGGCAUCCCCCAGGACCUUGCAGCAGCAUAUUGCGGCAGACGGCGCCAAGAUCUUCAGACAGCUACAACGGGUGGUGGACUGGGCGCAGUUUUUGCUUUUCUAUGCCAGAGCCAGACUCCGGCGAGUGCUUACAUUCCGGAACGCCACUGUGCCCAAGUACAACCUGCCCCUCAGGAUUCCCUUCCUCGCCCACAACGACUUCAAGACCAACGUGCAGGAGAUGCCACACGCCGCGCUCAACAAGGUCCUGUGGAACCAUAUGCGCCAGGUCACAAUGCAAGGACACGUAGCCACAGGCUUGGAAACGCUUGAGUUUCGCAAAGGCCAGUCCAACCUUGGAGAAGUCUUCGCCAACGUUGGUGCCUGCAACGCCUUCUUCCCAUGCAUCCAAACGCACCACUUAUUUCCCAACGACGACCGCAUCAUGGAGAACUUUGAGUCGUUCUUCGAGGAGCAGUGGGGCCGACAUAAAGAACAACAGCGACGUGAGCCUCGACUCACACAUCGACUCGUCAAGCACCUUGUAUCCGUAUUGCCUCGCAAUUACAUUAUUCACAACGAGGACCAUGCCAACGCCCACCUCAUGAUCUACUGCCCCAAUGUCUACAAUCAGGCGGCGUUCAACACCUGGAUGGACAAGAAAACGUUCCUCCUCUUGGACAAAAGCCCCGAAGACAUCAAGACAGAUAUGGAAAGACAAACACCCGCAGCGGUUCGCAAGCACUACAAAAAGCUCCUCGACUACAACAAGCCCAUUCCGUAUGGUUACAUUAUGAUGAAGCGGAAAAAGCAGUGGAGCAAGGGCCGCACGAUCAUUGCCUACUCCAACACAUGUGUUGGCCGCCUUCUUCGCGUUGCUGCACUGGCGCUACAACAAAUGCUCAAAGCUACAUGGCCACACCACUUCGGGAACAUCGCAACUCCUCAGCUAUGGCAGGAAGUCCACCAACUGUUUCGGGCCAACGAAGAACAACCUGAGCGGGAACUUAUAUUCCUCAACCACGACCUCGUUGGCUUUUUCAACAGCAUCCCCCAAGCUGACAUUAUACAAAGCGUCCACUACCUCAUCGCAGAGUUCUCCAAAAGCAACAACGACGUUCUGCUAAUCUUCAGCUUCGACGCCUGCGCCUUCACAGCCAUUGGGGAAGUAUUCCGACAAACCUGCGGUACCUCCAUGGGCAAUCAGAUCAGCCCCAUUUUGUCGACGUGUGCCAUUGUCUCGACAGAAAUCACAUGGCUCCGCUUGUAUGGGCAGUAUGUCGCCAGCGCACACCUGGCCGACCAACUCUGGAUCCGCAGGUACGUCGACAACCGAGCGAUCAUCGUCGACAAGGCAGCACUCCACGCCAAUCCCUACAUCUGGCAACUAUCCUCGCUGCAAUUCUACAAAAAGCCUGUACAACUUGAGGACGAAAACUGUGACGAUUUCCUGGGCUUCCGCAUCAACGCGAACAACAGACAGUCCCUGGCCCAACAGCAGCUUCGAGCGCUGGACAACCUCUACUUCAAGCUUGGAUUUCCUAUGCCGUCCAAGCGGUCCAGCAAGAAGCCACAAGAUGACGUCGAGCUGACGGAUGUGGACACAGACUCAGAUGCGGAUCAACAACCAGCUCGACUACCCCACGGACUACCCCUGGAUGAGCCCCCGCCGUGUUUGCCUCCGAACAGCCAUACAGAAGUUGAGCAAGUUUGCCAGCAGCAUCUCAGCAACGGGUACAUCCCUAUGUCGGUGUUUCCGUGGUUGGCGCAGAAGCUGCCAUCCGAGCUCCUCCGUGCCUCGGCGCUCACACGCCGCGGCUCACAAACUAUGGUCUUCUCUUCCGGAGCCUACUACCACGCUGGGUCUGUUGGUAUUCGAACCAACACCAGGAAGUAUCCAUGGACCUCUGCUCUCCUUGCUCAUAUGGUUCGAGCAUGCACGCAUACAAACUUUGCCACCGUCUCGCUGCUGUGCAACGUCAACAUGGCCACCCACGUCGACAAGUACAAUCAACCAGGCUCCUCCAACGUGCUGGCCCUCAGAGUCAAGUCGACCCUACUGGCCGAUGCACACGGCCUCGCGUGCGACAUGGCCCUCCAGAACACGGAGAUCUACGCCUACGGCCUCUUGGAGGUCACGCACGACCUGAAUGUGCUCUUGCACCUCGAGCAAGUCAACAAGGUCCAAUCGAACGCCCCACCGCACAAACGCGCAGGCCGCGCCAUAGAUGCAAACCAUCAGGAUACACCCACCGACAUCAAGAUGUACGUGAACUUCUACCUCAGCUCCGGGCGGCGUGAUGCUUUGGUGCAGACCAUGGACGCCGUGGCACCCACAACCCCAUCCCUGUCUUCCAGCUCGUAUGACUACUCCGACUCCGACGACAGCUAUGCGGCAGAGCAAGUGCUAACUAAUUUAAUGAUGGUUGCUGUGAGCGUGGAGGACACCCCCGAGGCCAGACGCGCCAAUCAAGCCGUGCAGGGAGCCAUGGAAGCGAUCGUGCAACAGCAUCCGCAAGCCCAUCACACGGCUGUGAUCCGAGCUUACCGCCCUCAACACACUCUCAUCGAGAAGUUGGUCUCGCCGGACAUCGUCUACAGCCUCCUGCUCACGAAUCUCCAG